AUGCCUCGUUCAUUCACAAUUAGGAGACUGCCUGAGCCAAAACAUUCAAACACAUCACAAACUGCUGGAAAGGAUAAAAGUGAACGAGAACCAAAAGUCCUGAGACAUCCAGAUGCAGAUAACACAACAGUGGGAACUGAAACUAGCCAAGCAGGAAGUGAUUGGAGUGUUACACAAGAAUCAGUAGAUAGGAGCCAAUUGCAGGAGAGUGCAAGGGAAUCUGUAGAGGGUCUCUCCUUUUCCAUAGAAAAAAUCCUAGCGUGGCCUGCCUCUGAAGCAAAACGUACCACGCGGAAACCUCUUAUUAAACAGUCCAGCAAUAGGACAAAGUACCACUGCCCUCACUGCCGAAAAGUCUUUAAAACGAGUUACACUUUUGGAAAACACAUGAGAAUGCCCGAGCACACGAGUGACAAGCCAUUUACAUGUCGAACAUGUGGUAAAGGUUUUCGUCUCUCCAGUACGCUGUGCAGACACAAGAUCAUCCAUACCAAUCAGCGACCCUUCAAAUGUCCCGUGUGUGGCAAAGCCUUCAAUCGUCAGUCUACACUAAACACACAUCACAAAACCCAUAAAGGUCUAGUAACGAAUGACAACAGUGUCGACCAGCAAAGCUUCGGCUGCGUUGAAGUCUGGUAUAUUAAUCAAGGUGUUUGGUUAAAUCAAGCAUCAUUGAUUUAAAUCUCACAUGAAAAACUUCAAAUAAAUUGCGUUAAACUUUA